CCAAACUCUGGCGGCAUUUCUCGAACCCAAGCUCCUCGCCAGUAUCCUUCCUCUUUUCCCAAGACACGCCCUCCUUGUUCCUCAAAAAUUUGUUUUUUUAAUCAAAAUCUUUUUCUUUUAAUCAGCGAAAACUGAAGUUUGGCGGAUAAUUCAUAGGGAUUCUGAUCGCGUUGCUCCAUAGAUCAGCUCGAGCUUGGCAGUCGUCCAACAGAGCUCCACAAAGAGGACUAGCAUCAUGGGUCUGUGAUAUUUGGUCUCUUUGCGUUUUCUUCUAAGUGACUGGACAAGAAAAAGGUGACAAUAUGUUGGGUGGUUUGUAUGGGGACCUUCCUCCACCAUCAUCGGCACCCUCAACCGAUGAGGAGAAGAGCAACAAUUCAGUAUGGUCUAGCAGUGCCAAGAUGGCUCCACCCACACUCCGAAAGCCAUCCUCAACCUUCGCUCCCCCUCAAACCAUUUUGAAGAGCCAACUGUCUCAAUCUAAGUCCAAAAGCCCCAUACUAACCCAAACAAAGACUCUUUUUACAACCACAUCAUCAUCACUGCCUGAUAACGGUACGAAAAGCCCAUCUUUUCAACCUGCUCUUGUUGGGGUCACUUCGACUGUCAUUGAGGAGUAUGAUCCUGCUAGGCCAAAUGAUUAUGAAGACUAUAGGAGAGAGAAGAAGCGGCAGGCGGUAGAGGCUGAGAGGAAGAGAGAACUUGAGAGGAGGCGCCGGGAAGAGGAGGAGAGGGAAAGGGAGCGAGAGCAGAGACUACGAGAGGCUGCUGAACGUGAGGAGAAGGAUUAUCAAGCGAAGUCAUCAUCAAUAAAUAUAUCUGGAGAAGAAGCUUGGAAGAGGCGAGCUGCAAUGAGUGGAAGUUCAGGCGGAGGUGCACCAAGAUCACCUUCUCCUCCACCAAAUGGAGAAGGGUUUAGUAUCGGGAAGUCUGGAUCAGCAGGGCUCGGUGUUGGUGCAGGUGGGCAGAUGACUGCUGCUCAGAGAAUGAUGGCAAAGAUGGGAUGGAAAGAAGGUCAGGGGCUUGGCAAACAGGAGCAGGGAAUUACUACUCCCUUAAUGGCCAAAAAGACAGAUAGACGAGCUGGGGUAAUUGUAAAUGCUAGUGAAUCAAAAUCUGAGAAAAAGCCAAAGAGCGUGAACCUUAAUGGUCCUCCUACGCGGGUUUUGCUUCUUCGGAACAUGGUUGGACCUGGAGAGGUUGAUGAUGAUCUUGAAGAUGAGGUUGCCUCAGAGUGUGCCAAGUAUGGCUCGGUCACCCGUGUCCUCAUCUUUGAGAUCACCGAACCAAACUUCCCGGUAGAUGAAGCUGUCAGAAUCUUUGUACAGUUUGAGAGAUCUGAAUGGACAACAAAGGCUCUUAUUGAUCUCGACGGAAGGUUCUUUGGUGGGAGGGUGGUUCGUGCUACUUUCUAUGAUGAAGAGAGGUUUGGAAGGAAUGAACUGGCUCCUGUGCCUGGAGAAAUUCCUGGAUUUUCUUGAACCAAGUGAAUUCAAAAGGUGGAACUUUAUGAUUCAAAAGGUGGAACUUUAUGAUUCAAAAGGUGGAACUUUCAAAUGCAAUCAUGGACUGAAACUUGUAUGUUCUAUGUCGUCGAGGUUAUCAGUAUUGAUGUUUUUCCAUGUACGUGGUCAUCAAUCUAGAAAAACUAUUGCCAAGUUCAGUUGUAGUUCCUAACUUUCUCCUGUUAACUCUUUUUCUGUGUUUUGGUUGCAAACUUUUACGAGGAUUUUGAUACUACUAGUGAGCCGUAUUGCUUCCAGCGUGUGAAGCUUCGCUUACAAGUGGUGAGCUUUACUUUUUCCUGAAAAUUUAGAUCUAGCUGCUCUAUAUAAUGCAAAAGCAUGAUCUUGGCAAUGA